AUGCAGGAGAGAUUACAGCCCGCCUUUGGGUCGACUCAGAAGAUGCAGGAGAGAUUACAGCCCGCCUUUGGGUCGACUCAGAAGAUGCAGGAGAGAUUACAGCCCGCCUUUGGGUCGACUCAGAAGAUGCAGGAGAGAUUACAGCCCGCCUUUGGGUCGACUCAGAAGAUGCAGGAUGAGAUUGAGGUGGUUCUUGAGCAGUCUCAAAUGCCUCUUGGCCUCCACCCGGUCGAACCCGGCAGUGCUUUGGAUCAGCACAGGGGAGUGCAAUUGCAGCAGCUUAGGUUCGACACGUGGCAGUGGCAGAACCCAAGCGCGGUCGCUCACAUGCAGCAGGGUCCGAACGUGCAGAAGGGCUCUCACCACGGUCCAAUGCACGGGAUGCAACUGCCAAGCUUUGAGGCGCCUCCCGCGUCUGCCGCCACAAGCACGUUCCCCACCCUGCCUGCUUUGGAGCAGCACGAGGCGCCGCAGCUGACGCAGAUGCAAGGUGCUGUUGCGAAGCGGCAGCGGCAGCAGCAGCAGCGGCAGCAGCAGCAGCAGCAGCAGCAGCAAGAGCAGCAGCAGCAGCAACCACGGGAGCAGUGGCAACGACAACAGCAGCACCAACAGCAACAGCGCCAGCAGCAGCAGCAGCAGUCGUCUCUUCUGUGCACUGAGAACCUUGAAGGCCAAUGGACAGCAUGUGCUCCUGCUGUACUUGCUUCUACCACUGACGUCACCACUGGCACCACUGACAUCACCACUGGCAUCACUGACAUCACUGACGUCACCACUGGCAUAGCUGACGUCAUCACUGGCAUCACUGACGUCACCACUGGCAUCACUGACGUCACCACUGCUGUCACUGAUGUUACGGCUGGUGUGACGGAUGGCGUUGGUGGUACCACUGCUGAAGCUGAUGUCAUUCCUCUCCCUGAGCAUAGCAUUCCUUCUUGGGGGAACGCCCUUCAUGCCCCGUGUGCCCCUUUUGCUGGUUCGGGUAUCCGCCCUCCUACAAAGCAUGAACCAGCUUGUCAAGGCGAGGCGUGGAUGGAUCCACCAAAUAUUGAUGUUGCCACGUCAGCAGCACCCAAUGGUGCUGACGUGUCAGCAUGUGGUGGUGGCGCCACAUCAGGCUGCGAAACCACUGCCUUUCAGCAGCAGAAAGCAUCAUGGAAGCAUAUGCCAGGCGAGGAACUCAGGGAUUAUCGUCUGCAGCACAUGACCCACUCCCAGCAGCAUUUGCACCGCAAUCAGCCACAGCAGCAGCACCUUCAGCAAGCUGUUUCGGUCGAAGCAGCAGGUUACAUGGUGGAUGGUGGUGGGGGCGGCGGAAACCGCAGGAAUAGCAGCAGCUGGAGGUGCACCCACAGCAGCACUGUCGAUUCUCACUACCAGCAGUGGUGGCAGCAUGAGCAGUUUGGGUUGCUCUGUGGCGGGAUCAUCACCGCAUGA